GAGAUAGGGAGGCGUGGCGACGAUGAAGUCACUUGGAAGUUCUGCCCCUGACAGUGUGUCUCAUGCACUCACUGACAGGCUGGGGAUUUGGGGAGAAGCUGCGGCGAGACUCGGACAGAGCAGCUUUUUGCAAAUGGCUGCUAUAGUGAUGGAGGAGAAAAACUACAAAGGAUUGCUUAUUACCUACUGCCAGAAAAAUGCAAAGCCACAACCAAUAUUUGAAACACCUGGCCAAACAGGACCACCGCACAAUCUUGUCUUCACUUGUAAAGUAUUUAUUGAUAAUCAAAUGCUCGGAAAAGCUGAAGGAAAGACGAAGAAAUCCGUAGAGAAUAAAGCAGCCAAAAUGGCUCUAGAAGCCCUGGAAAAUCGAGAGAUUGUGUAUCAACCAGAUUACAUUGCACUACUUAAUCAUUUUUGCCAGAAACAAAAAUGCACUUACAUCUUUGUGGAGGUUUCUCGCAAUGGACCAUCUCAUGAUCCAGAGUUUAUGUACAGCACAAAAGUCAGAGAAAAAGAGUAUCCUAAAUCAGGAUUCAAGAAAAACAAAAAACAAGCAAAGAAGGAGGCUGCUUAUCUUGCUCUAAAGGAGCUCAGAAAAGACUUUCCAGAUGAUAUUUUGGAGUUACCAGAAGCUUACAAAGAUGAGUCUGAAUCUGAGUGUUCUUCGCUGUCUGGAAGUGCUAGCUCCAUCAGUUGUGACAGGGGGAGUGAAGGUGGACUCUCCAAUUCAGCAUCUGCUGCUUCUGAGGUGCUACUGGGUCAAGUAGACUAUAUACCGUUACUGAAUCGUUUCUGCCAGAAGCAGAGAUGGAUCUGCAACUUUCUGGACGUUCAAAAAACCGGAGCAUCUCAUAUUUCUCAGUUUGUUUGCAGAGUGAGCAUCCCUGACAGAGUAUUUCCAGACAGUAGGCAGAGAAGCACAAAGAAAGAGGCAAAGAAGGAGGCAGCUUAUCUCGCACUGCAAGCACUACGAGAGGAGUUUCCAGGCAGCAUCCCCGAAUUGCCAAAAGAUUUCAUAGAGGAUUCCUUGAUUCAACAUCCUUCUGUAUCAAGUGCUGGCAACAUUGAUUUCCAGAGGCCUUCUUCUGCAGGGGGACUUUCAAACGCCGCAAGCACUAAUUCUGAGAUUCCAUCUCAUCCUUCAAAUCUGACACCCGCAAUUCCGCACAGGAUACAUUCAGAAAAUGGAGUGUUGGCGGCUACUGACUCUGAGAUUCUGUCUGCAACUUCUUCAAGUGCAAUGAGCAGUGUUUCAAACAGAUCACAGAGUUUCCCCAACCCUCUUAGUGAGUUCACUGACAUUAUCCUGCUUGAUGAAGGAGCAUUUGGGAAAGUGGUGAAAGCACAGAAAAUACUGGAUGACAAGUACUAUGCUGUAAAGAUAGUACGUCUGCGAGACGGAAAAUACGUACAAGAAGUAAAAGCUUUAGCGCACCUUGAACAUAAAAACAUUGUUCGAUACUAUAAUGCCUGGAAGGGACAGGAUUGUUUUGCAGACAGCAGCCAAAGUGGUAGUUUAAGUGACUUCAGCGGUAAAGAGACUUGUCUUUUCAUACAAAUGGAACUGUGUGAGAAUGGCUCCCUCAAAAAGUGGAUCAGGAAGAGGAACUUGUCCAGGCAUGUUGACAAGACCAAAAGUCUUGAUAUUUUUCAACAGAUAAUUGAAGGCGUAAAAUACAUUCAUGACAACAAACUUAUACACAGGGACCUUAAACCUGCAAAUAUAUUAUUUACUAAAGAAAUGACGGUGAAGAUUGGAGAUUUUGGAUUGGUGACUCAGAUGACUGGGGAAAAGGAGAUAAAAGCACUUACACGAACCCAAGGAACUGGUACACCAUGCUAUAUGGCUCCAGAACAGAAAGAAGAAAUAUAUGAAGCUGAAGUUGACAUUUAUGCUUUAGGAUUAAUAUUACUCGAACUUCUGUGGAUAUUUGGCAGUGGACACGACCGUACAGAAUGGCUGAAUAUCCGGAGAGGUGAAUUGCCCCAGACGUUUGUAGAGGACAACCCCAUUGAGGAAUGCGAGAUCAGGAAAAUGCUGACACCUGACCCUAAGAAAAGACCCUCGGCUAAUGACAUACAAAUAUAUUUUCAAAGAAACAAGAGCCUUGAUAUGAAAACAUGCUGAGCCUUUAAUUUAUUUUAUUUUUUUUAACUUAUGUGGGAACUUUUCAAAUCUAAAAUCUUAAAUCUGUAAUAUUUCUUUUUAUGGAGAGGUGUGUGAGGAAACAGAUGCUGAGAACCUCUCAGUGCCCCUCAGGUCUGGAGUAAAUUCCAUGUGCACAUUACGUUCUGCAUACACUAUCCCAUAAUGUCGCUCAUUAGCUGCUUCCUAUACAGGAACCUAGUUAUGUGCAAUAACUAAAUAGAAAAACAUGAUUAACAUUAUGUGUUCUUUGACAUUGGUAUAUAUCGUUUAUAUAUACUGAACUUUGUUUCUGCUUCCUGCUCAUUUCCGGGUGGCACUUGAUAUGCUGACUGUCGGGAUCCCGGCUCUCAGCAUACCAGCGCCGGAAUUCCGACAGCCGGCAUACCGACAACUAUUUUCCUUCUUGGGGUGUCCACGACACCCCUGGUGGGAGAAUAAAUAGUGUGUCGCGCGUAGCCACUGUGCCCGCAACGUGGCAAGCGCAGCUAGCCCGCAAGGGGCUCUUUUGCGCUUGCCCCGCUGCCGGUAUACCAGCGCCGGCAUACCGUAGUAGACUCCUCAUUUCCAGUUGGCCAAUAAUUUUAUGACACGCCUCUCAGGCAGACCACUACUUGUCUCCUUCAGGGCUGCGCUUGCAUAAUUGUUGCUUUCACAGUCUCACUAAAAUGCUUUUUCAAAAGCAGGAAAGUAUGUAUCAUACAACCAAGGAUAUCAGUACAGAGAUCUCUUAUCAUUUAAUAGUACUUUGUCUUAGAAACAGAUUCAGAGUGGCACGUAUAUCCGUAUUGGUAAUGGAUUUUGCUAUUAGUCGCACUGAACAUGCUUUCUAGCUGUGCAUAUGCAACUACUGGCGAUUCAGAGUCUUAUUGCAGAUGAUACUAACUGUGUAGGGUAAUUAAUUCGGAAAAAGAUGUUGAGUCUACAAACUCAGAAUGAGGUUCAAUAUAGAAAAAUGCAAAGUUAUGCACUUUGGGAGAAAAUAUAAACAUACAACCUAUAAAUUAAAUAGGGAAAAACUAGGGGAAACGGUAGCUGAAAAAGAUUUGGGGGUGCUCAUUGAUAAUAGGCUUAGUAGCAGCACACAAUGACUAAGUGCAGCAAGGAAGGCAAAUAAGGUGUUAGCGUGCAUAAAACAGGGAAUUGAGACAACGGAUGAGAGUGUAAUCCUGCCACUGUACAAAUCAUUGGUACAGCCGCACCUGGAAUAUUGUGUACAGUUCUGGGCACCGCACCGAAAGAGUUCAGAGGUGAGCUACAAAAUUGGUUAAGGGGUUAGAGACACUGACUUAUGAUGAAAGGCUUACUAGGCUGAAUAUGUUUACACUAGAAAGAGGCGUCUAAGAGGAGACAUUAUUAAUAUCUUCAGAUAUAUAAAGGGGCUUUACAAGGAGCUAUCAGGAGAUUUGUUUAUUGAGAGAACACUGCACAGGACACGCGAUCACCCUCUGAGGUUAGAGGAGAGAAAAUGUUGUACCCAAUGUAGGAAUGGGUUCUUCAUAGUAAGGACCAUAAGGAUUUGGAACUCUCUGCCAGAGAAGGUAGUAAUGGUGUACUCGGUAAAUACAUUUCUCUAACGUCCUAGUGGAUGCUGGGACUCCGUCAGGACCAUGGGGAAUAGCGGGCUCCGC